UCGAAGCUCCCCGGCGACUCGCCUGUGCUUCGUUCCUCGUCCGCAGCCGCCAGAGCGGGGCUGGCGAGGCGCCUGCCCGGCCGAGCGAUGGGCGUGCGGGGCAUGCGGAGGGCGCGCUGCUGAGCGCCAGGAUGGAGGGCAGCCGGGACCCCUGAGCGGGCAGCGGCAGGAUGGGCCGGGGGCUGGUCGCGGCGCUGCUGCUCCUGACGCUGGCAUCCCUUCUCAAGUCUCUGGCUGCUGAAACUCAAUGUGAAAACAUUUACCAAGAUUUCUCUGACUGCAUCUUACAACUAGGAGAAAACAUGGCCAGCUUGGAGGAGGAAGACGAAAGAAGCCAGGCCCAGGAGCUGCACACUGUCUGUGGAUAUUGGGAAGAGUUUCACACCUGCGCUAUGACAGCCCUGUGGGAGUGCCAGAGAGAGGCCGCCACUGUCUGGGAGAUGCUGAAAAAGGAGUCCCAGAAAAUCCAAUUCCAUGGCAGCCUAUUUGACCUCUGCGCCUCCAGUGACUCGCAGACUUUCAGCUCCUUGCAAAUUUUACAUAUACUGCUGUUAAGCAUCACUUUGAUAGUCACUUGGCUUAAUUUAUAAAGGGAGAAGGUCUGCAAUUUUAAUGUCUGUACAAUUAUAGAUCUCCC